AUGGCAAGUUCAAGACACCCAGUGUCAGCCCACGCUGUAGCCCUGGUGCAGAUGGACCGACUCCAGACAUUUGCCUUCUCUGUGUGCUGGUCAGACAACAGUGACACCUUUGCUCGAAGGAGCUGGGAUGAGUUUAGGCAGUUCCAGAAGACCCUUAAGAAAACCUUCCCCGUGGAGGCAGGCCUGCUACGGAGAUCUGAACGAGUUCUUCCCAAGCUUCCUGAUGCUCCAUUGCUGACACGUUGGGGGCAUACUGGCCGAGGCCUGGCACGUUUGCAGCUGCUGGACACCUAUGUACAGGCAUUGCUAGCAACCUCAGAGCACAUAUUGAAGAGCUCAGCACUCAAUGGCUUCUUUGCACCUAAACCUCUGGAUCUGGAGCCCAUGCUGCCUCCUGGCAGCCUGGUGAUCCUGCCCACACCAGAGGAGCCGUUACCCCAACCUACGGACAGCCUUACUAUUCAUAGUCUGGAAGCUCAGAGCAUGCGCUGUUUACAGACUUUCCACACUCUUGACACAAGAGACAGACCUUUCCACACUCAGGCCCAAGAAAUUCUGGACAUAUUACUACGACAUCCUUCAGGCUGGUGGCUGGUGGCGAACAAGGAUCAGCAGACAGCCUGGUUUCCAGCUCCAUACCUGGAGGAGGUUGCAACAGGCCAAGGGCAAGAGUCAGGCCUGGCUUUGCAAGGAAGUGGGAGGCAGUUCUGUGCUACCCAGGCCUAUGAGGGCAGUCGCUGUGAUGAGCUAUCUGUGCCCUCAGGGGCACGUGUACAUGUGCUGGAACCCUCAGACCGAGGCUGGUGGCUGUGCAGGUAUAAUGGCCGGACAGGCCUGCUUCCUGCAGUGUUGCUGCAACCUGAAGGGCUGGGCUCCCUCCUGGGCAGGCCAGGGCUCCCAGACAGUGGUGGGGCAGACAAGGUGGCUGAGGAUAAGACCGUCCCCCCUGUAGUACCAACUCGCCCCUGUAUGAGUGCUAUCCAGAGCCGUUGCUGUUCCAUCACCCGCAGGGCACUGGGCCUGGGACAGGAACAGGGGACCCAGGUUCCCUCUUGA